AGGUAAUGAUUGUUUCAACUUUAACCCUGGUAUUUGCAAGCAAGCCCUUUACACGAUCAAUUUGUUUAUGCAGUAAGAUCAGACUUUGUUACUGCUUCCCAGAGACCUUUGCGUCUCAGGGACCUCUUUCCUUACAGGGAUUAUCCUUCCUGUGGCAAGUAUUAAAUGUGGAAGGGCUGGAGGUUUAGUAUCCCUCCAUGCCUUUCCAAAAAUGAAGCAAGCAACUGAUAGCUGCAUGUUGAGGUAUUUUUCUUUAAUAAUCUGACUGAUUUCUUUGGGAGCGAUUUUAAGUUUACAGUAAAAAGAAGUUUAAGUGACUGCUCUACUUGAUCAAAAUGGUGGACACUGAAAACCAGCUCUAUCCCCUUACUCCCUUGGAGGAGGAGGAUAUAGACAGCCCUUUAUCUGGAGAGUUCCUACAAGAUAUGGAGAACAUUCAAGACCUGUCCCAGUCUCUAGGUGAUGAUAGUUCUGGAGCUUUAAGUUUAACAGAAUUCCAAUCACUGGGAAAUGGUCCAGGAUCUGAUGGAUCAGUUAUAACAGACACCCUUUCACCAGCAUCCAGUCCUUCAUCCAUUAAUUUUGCCACAGCUCCAGGUAGUAUAGAUGAAUCACCCAGUGGAGCAUUAAACAUUGAAUGUAGAAUUUGUGGGGAUAAAGCCUCAGGCUACCAUUAUGGAGUACAUGCUUGUGAAGGUUGUAAGGGCUUUUUUAGAAGAACAAUUCGUUUAAAACUCAUCUAUGAUAAAUGUGAUCGCAACUGCAAAAUUCAGAAAAAAAAUCGUAAUAAGUGCCAAUACUGUCGUUUUCAAAAGUGCCUUUCAGUUGGAAUGUCACAUAAUGCAAUACGUUUUGGACGAAUGCCGAGGUCUGAGAAGGCCAAGCUCAAAGCAGAAAUUUUAACAGGUGAAAAUUAUGUAGAAGAUUCAGAAAUGGCAGAUCUUAAAUCACUUGCCAAAAGAAUUCAUGAUGCCUACCUGAAAAACUUCAAUAUGAACAAAGUUAAAGCCAGAAUCAUCCUUGCAGGGAAAACCAAUAACAAUCCACCAUUUGUUAUACAUGAUAUGGAUACCUUAUGUAUGGCAGAGAAGACUCUGGUGGCAAAACUGGUAGCCAAUGGGAUUCAGAACAAGGAAGCAGAAGUUCGAAUCUUCCACUGCUGCCAGUGCACAUCUGUGGAGACUGUCACAGAACUCACAGAAUUUGCCAAAUCCAUCCCGGGCUUCUCCAACCUGGACCUGAAUGAUCAGGUGACACUGUUGAAGUAUGGGGUGUAUGAAGCCAUAUUUGCCAUGUUGGCCUCUGUGAUGAACAAGGACGGGAUGCUGGUGGCCUAUGGGAAUGGAUUUAUAACCCGGGAGUUCCUGAAGAGCCUGAGAAAGCCAUUCUGUGAUAUAAUGGAGCCAAAAUUUGAUUUUGCAAUGAAAUUCAAUGCGCUGGAUUUGGAUGAUAGUGAUAUAUCCCUUUUUGUUGCUGCCAUUAUUUGCUGUGGAGAUCGUCCUGGUCUUGUAAAUGUAGGACACAUUGAAAAAAUGCAGGAGAGCAUUGUGCAUGUACUGAAACUUCACUUGCAAAACAACCAUCCUGAUGACACCUUCCUCUUCCCAAAACUUCUCCAAAAAAUGGCUGACCUCCGACAGCUGGUCACAGAGCAUGCUCAGCUUGUUCAGAUAAUCAAGAAGACUGAAUCUGAUGCACAUUUACACCCUUUACUACAGGAAAUCUACAGGGAUAUGUAUUAAGGAUUUUUAGUAUUUUUUUCCACAAUAUUUAAAGACAGAGAAAUACAGAUGGGAGCAAAACUACUUGUACAGUUACAUGCAGUUCACUCAGCCCAGAACAGGAAAAAUCUGAAACUGGGGAACUGGAGUGUUACACUUCUUUUGGUUUGGGAUCUUUUGCCUUCUUUUGAAAAAGUGCUGCAGAAAAAUACUGGUCAGAGUGCUCAGUGAAGUGUCUUACAAUGGUUCUUUUAUUUCGAAAUUUGAAGAUUGGUAAGGAAUACAUAUUUGUAUAAUAAAUCAGAAUGUUAAGUAACAGAAAUGAACAAAAUUGUAUUUCCUCUUGGCUUAGUCAUUUUAGUACUAAUAUAACAAACUCAGCACCUUCCUCCCAGGUAUCUGCACAAUCAGAAAAAUGAUGCACUUUUGCCUAAUGGUAAUUACUGAAAACUAGCUAACACUUUUUCUUAAAGCAUUCAGUCUAGGUGUAGCAAAUGGCUGGAUAUUACUGUCCAUACACUUCUAAAAAUUUGGAAAGAUCUUUUUGAUCCAUUGCUGCUUUAAUUCCAUGAAAUUAUAUACAGCUUCAUCUAGUGUUACAUUGGCAUACUUAGGGUUAGCAUGUUUAAAAGAUGGUUCUCUUACGGAAUUAAACAAAAUCCAAAGAGUUAUCUAAAAUACAGCAGAGAUGCUCCAACAGGUGUGUCUUGAGGAGUAAACAUGAUAAACUGAUGGGACCUUUUAGUUUCAAAAGUCUUUUAAGGAAAUGUGAAAAUAACACUUAAGAAAAAUAUGUUGUAUAUCCUGUAUUUUUGUAGAACUUGUAAAAGCUCAGGAUGCAGUUUUGGCAUAAAAAUACUAGUUUGAAUUAGCAAGCGUUUUGGAGAGACUGAAAAAUCUGAUCCUACCCCAGGAAAAAAAAAGAAUUUUAACUUUCCAGCAGUGAUCCUGCACUCUACUGCAAAGGAAUGAUUGGAUAAGAAAGGCACCAGCUUCCUUUAAGUGUCCCAGCAGUAUAGUUGUUUGGACCUGUUUACUUUUCUGAUGAAUACACUGCUUCAUUUUUUUACCCAUUUGUAUAUAUUUCUAUACCUUCUUCGGCCUCGUUGAUAGAAGUAUUUGGUACUUGUUUUCACUAGAUUUUGUCUGUGUGGAUAUGGUGACAGUAAUACCAAGAGCAGUGUUUGUAUGUGUAAGACUCUGUCAUUGUAUGAAAGGCAGCACAGCUGAGAGUAAGUUUAUCAUGCUUCUAGGAGUAAACUGAUUUUUACAACUGCACUUUCUGUAUUCCUGGUGCAAAAUAAGCCACAAGGAAAUGGCUUCCCGACUUUGCCACUUCAUGGGCUCUUUUCUGAGAGAGCUGCCCAGAAGUGCCAGCUGCAUGCAAGGCAUUCUGCUGUUUCUCUUUCGUUUCUUUGAUAUGUUUGAUAUGGUAACUUCCCAUAAUUACCUCUUAAUUUUACUUUCUGUUUCACAACAACGAGGUCUCAGGAACAAUCCCAGCAUUUUCACUACAGUUAAGCUUUUAGUGGCACAUGAGGACACUGUACUUGUUUUAUUGUGGCACAUUUGAAGACACCAGAAUCUUCAGUGCCAGGAUUGAGUGACGAAGUGAGAACAUGACACUGCCGUUCCUAUUUCAGUGGCAUUGCUUGUUUCUGUCCAGGACCACAGGCACAGCUGGAUGCUGGAAAAAUUACAGGUUUAAAGGCAACUUGGGGUUUAUCUGGGCAACGACUGUGGCAGAAGUUAUAGAUAGAUAUAGAUAUGUUUAGUGUAAAAUAUUGAAGCACAGGCCUCAAAUUUGGUGAGCAUCUAGGGCAGGAUAGAAACAGUAACUGCAUGUGCACAAAACUUCCUCCCCUUCCCCGUUGCCAGCAGGAAGAACAGGCCUCAAACACUCAGAGAGGAAUGUUGGUCUUGCCAGGAAUUCUCAGAUGAGAAAUGGGCUGCCUUUUGUGUCCCAGAGCAGCACACAGUGUGCCCUCAGAAACAAAGGAUUUUAGGAAUGCUGCUGCUUUAUUCUCCCAGCCAACCCUAUUUCACUGAGGAGCUGUGGGGUUUAGGCCAUGGAAAUAAUUGAUCUGCAAUAUUGCUGAUGCAAAAAGUUGUCAAAAUACCAGCCGUUCUGGAUGGUGUUCUGAAACUGUAGGAGCCAACUGUUAGUUUAUCUUCUAAAAAGAAAAGGAUAACAUGAAUUUUUUUCCCCCCCAAAGCUCAGAUUUUUGCAAAGGGCAAAUUUCAAAGUUGUAUUCCAUAUUCUAGGUGUACUGUAGGUUGUCAGGAAAAUCAGACACAGUCAGUGUGCAUAACUGUUUUGCCAGUGCUUUUUCUCAAAAGUGGCUAAAACACUUUAGUAACACUUAAAAACAUGGCAAAUUAAUAAUAAAUACUUAAACUCUCAGCAAAGCUAUAAAGAAUUGCAAAUAGAGUAACUCAGUUAGACAAAAUUUUACUGUUUUAGCAGCUGCUUGUAAUAAGGUCCUGUUAUUAGCAUGAGAAAAGUGCAUCAUUUUUUUGUUAUUUGAAAACUAAGAAAAUUUUGGCUACUUCCUUGGACAUUAAAAGUUUAAUUUCUGUUUUAAAUUAAAUUGCAGACCCUUAAUGAGAAAACAAAAAAAAAAGUAAAGAGAACACAUCUCUGAAUUACAGAAAUAUGAACAAGAUGUUAACACAGCCUAAAAUUCUGGAUGGAUUCCACUGCACAUUCCCACAGUCACUUCAAAGAGUGGCACAGGGCAGACAGUUCCUUUCCCAAGAAUUAAUGAGCAAAAGAGCUUCUAAUUUCUGCAUUACGCUUUUAAGGAAUUACAUUUGCUCCUUCAGGAGGUGAGUACAGCAGGUUUUGGCCAAGGAGAUUUUAAAGUUACUCUGUUUAUGUUGAUUCUUAAAAAAAAAAAUUGGAAUCCAAACUAGUCUCAGAUCUAUUUCUGAUCUAUUACUUCAGCAUCUCCCCUAUGUGCAGAAAAACUAAUACUUUAAAAUACCCCAUCUAUGGAGGGAAGAAAAGUGAUCAGAUUUUAGGAUUUAAAUGGUAUUAAAGAUUUAUUGGCUCCUCAGAUACAGUUUGGAUCUGAUUUUUGCCAAGAUAACUCAUUUUACUGUCACAGGAUGGAAGAACUCUGGUUAGCAACCAGGUCCCACAAACAGUUUAAGGCAAGAAACAGCAGAUGCAUAGAGAAAUAUCCUGGGAAACAAUGGUAUGACUUACCUAAGUUUUCAGCAAACCUAGAGAUUACUCAUUUUUGAGCAUUGUUUGGGGAAAAAUAUUUAUUUAUUUAUUUAUUUAUUCUGGUACCCUGGGUAUUUUUUGUCAAAGGGUAAGGGAAGAAGAAAAGGAAGGUUUUGUGCCAAGCAUUAGGGAAGUCUGAUAUUCCUUCUUCUCUCCUCCUUAAAUAUUUCCUUUAAAGCUGCUGUUUAAAAAAAGUUAGUUACUUUGUACCUUUCAAAAUUUCCGACCUUACUUUUGCUUUAAACACGACUGACACCUGAUGGGAAAGUUUCCACUUACAGAAACUGCAUCUUCCGUGGCGUUUAAAGAAACCAUAUUUUGCGUUAAUUGCCAUUUCCAUGUGCCUUUGUGCUUUGGUUCCAGCAGCUGCUGCAGAGCUGAAGUGCUGCCAGAGAGCAGAGUUUUGCAUUAUUCUUGCCCCACGAGAUCUCGGAAAUACCAGCAGUUGCACUAAGCCCGUUCUCAUGAGAGAGCUGGCACAAGGCUGCACAUCAAAGAGCUUAUAAUAAGCAUCUAAACAUUUGUUUGUUUAUUCAGACUGCUGAAACCUGGGGAGAUUUAUUCAUCACGAGAGCUGGGUCACAUACGAUUGAGUUUGAAUUUCCUCCUUUUUCCUGAUAGAAAGCCUGGACAAACUUAGGCCCCAUCUGAGGCAGAGCAGCUGGGGGAUAUCCUGCUGUGGCUGCAGAGGAACAGUUUCAGUCUCUCCUGAAAAGCUCCCUGUGACUUAGCUGAAAAUCUGCAACUGCAUUUGACAAAUGCAUUUGCAGCUGUCGUUGUACUGUUUAAGCAUAAGGUCUUACAAAUAAUGGUCCCUCUCAGAAACCCCUCGUCCUUUAGGAAGUAUUGGAAUGUAAGGUGGAGCAUGGUAUCUGUGCUUGCUUAUGUCCCAAGUGCUUUCCUCAUAAUCAGUUGCAUAUAAUUUUUGUAUUUAGGUUUAAUCAGCUUUAUUAUCCUUCUUUUACUGGAGAUUUAAAUUAUAUGUGGGUUUGAUAUAAGAUUAUUGGUAUUAUAAUGUGUUGUGGGAUUUUUUUUAAUUUCAUGUAAUACCAUUUCUUCAUGUUUCAAUUUAUAAAAUACAAGAAUAUAAUUGCAAGGUAUAAACUUUCACUAAAUUAAUUACAGAGGUGCUUAAAGAAAAAUGUGUAAAUUAUUUAAUUUAAAUAUUUGUUGCAUACUUUAUCUUGCAAAUCCUUUGUACAGUGAGGAAGUAUUUGCUUUUAUGGGCUAAGAAUGAAGGGGCUGAUGUCAAAGACAAAUUGCUAUUUAUUCCUGUCUGGUCUUUUAUUGCUGUAUCAUUUGUGAAGAACUAUCACAAAUUCUUCAAAGUUGUCAGUGUUUGGUGUUGAUGAUUAUAACAAAACUUUGUAUUUUCACACAGAACAUAGAUUUCCUUUUAUUUAAUUUUAAUAAAAGCAAGUCUAGUUGAGGAAUAGCUGCAAUCCCAAAAUCAAAGUUUUAAUUCAAGUUUACUGAGAGGAAAAAUAGUGUGUAGAACUGAGUUCGUCUUUGUUUUGCAGCAUGGUAGCUCAUUUUCCUUUGAAAAAAGAUAAAAAGAAGCUGCAUUUGGUUCAUGCACCAGUGCUGGUGUUUUCUGAGGAAGUGACUUGUGGCUCACUGGGAAUAACAACAUGUACUCAGGAUUAUUCCCUGCCACCUGCCCUGAGGGCAACCUGCUGCUUUUAUAGAUGUAUUUCAAACAUGAUUUGGCAGCGCAAAACAAGAUGUUGAAAUGGCAUUAUUGGCUUCCCUACAGGAGGAUUCCUGUGGGAUUUUAAAUAGAAUUCAGAGUCUGGUCAUAGGGAUUCUCUUAUCUGCUGCAUGCAGGUGUGACAGUCUGUGCCUACAGCAUCCUGCUAAGGAAAUCUGAUAUAGGGAUGAAGGUACCUUUCAAAGGUACCUAGCUUAUUUUGCUGUAUGAAUCACCAAACACAGUAGCUAUCACAAGCACAAUCUAUUACAAAUGUUUUAGCUAUCAUUUGUACUUACUGCUUUUUAUUUGUAACAUAUAACAUUUUAUUUCCUCAAAUUGCUGCAACUUGGCAUUUUCACUUCAUCAGUGUCACCACACAGGUAUGAUGUCUCCUAAGGUGUUUGUGUCAUGUUUGCAAAAGCUCUGCUGGACUUCGCUGUGCUAACCUGCAGCCUUUGCAUUGUCAUUUCACAUAACACAAAUCCACUGUGUAACUGAGCCCACCCUAAGGAAGGCUGUUUCCUCCUUUUUUUUCCAUUGGGGUCACAGUUUUUUAAAAUCUUUUUCUGUUUCUGAAACUGAGGUGUUUUUUUCCUUGAGCUCCUUUAUUGCAUCAGUCAAUCUUGUCAGAUUCCAUUGUUGUGGAUGUUUCGUAACAGAAUUCCUGUUGCAAGGACCUCAAUUUCAGAUGAGCUGCCUCUGCCAGGGGGUAGGCAGCGUGCACAAGAGACUUCUGAUUACAGGCUGAACCUUAAAUAAGGACUGCAAGAUCAAGCAUGAGGUAAUUGAAGUAGUAGUAGUAUUUUGGUGUAUUUUCUCAGGUUGGAUAUGCAGGUAAUCCCUGUUGUGAUAAAGACACCAGCCUUAUGCUCAAUGCCAGGAGUUUAUGGCGUUCUUUCCACUUGAAAGAAAAAAGAUUGGCAGGAUGGGGAAGUCCUGAGCCACUGAAAUCCCGGCGGUGUGUUGUCCUCCGGGUGUGUAGGAGUGCAGUGUCACCAGGCAGCCCGUGUGGGAUGUGCUGCAGAGCUGGGAGCAGGUCACCACCCUCCUGCGGGUGACUCACUCGCAGCCGCCUCUGCUCGCCCCGGCCCAUCCACAUCACAUGGCUCAUUCCCACACACAACAGCUCUCUCUAUGGAGUCACUAUGCCUUGGCCCUUCGGCAGAGGAGGAACGUGCAUGGUUUAGUGACUUCUUUAGUAAUAAGGACUCUAACCAAAGUUUCAAUGCUAUCAAUGUGCUCCAGGACCCACUCUGAGUGGUUUGACAAAGUCUGGUUUAGCAGCUUCUCCGGGAGCUGCCUCCUGUGCAGCUCCUGCUGUUCCACAGCUCUUACAGAGUUGCUCAGAAUUUUCUCUAGGAAUGCAGCACCACAGCUUAAGUGUCCCGGGAUGCUGAAGCACUCCCUCAUAUCUUAAAUGGUCUGUUAUCUGGUAGGACAUAAAAAAAACACAGUGUUGUUAAUGUUGCCAAACCCUAAUCAAUAGAGCUAACAAGUGUUUCAUUAAAUCAAGAUAUCAAUAUUAAAGAGAAAACAAAACAGCUUAUUGUUUCCAGUCAUCUGAUUUUUAGGAGGUUUUGAGUACAUUUUACUACAGUAAAUACAGAACGUAGAACAAGCAGACAUUUCUUGCAAGUCGUCAAACCUAAUUCUCAUGGAAUGCUUGUUUCCCAGUAAAAACCACUAAUUCAAGCCAAGUUCCCAAGUUUCUUUCUGUUAGAACAAUGCAAAUGACACUUCCAAGGACGAAUGGAUGCCCUGGACUCACAGGGAUUUUUCGGAAAGACAACGUAUCUUGCACUUGUGAAUGUUAAAGUCACAUCUAGCUACAUACAAUGACGCAUUCUCAAACGUUACCAGCCUACUGAUCUAGGAUGAAAAAACUUGAACUAAACUUUUUUUUUCUUUUUUACAUUCUGAUUUUUUCCACCUUCUUUAAAAAUAAGAGGUUGAAUUCACAGUGUUUGUAUAGAGACUGGUAGGAACCUAUGUGCUUUAAUCCUUUCAGACUGAAUGUAAACCAACUUAAUUUGAAACACAGUUUUGCCUUAAUGGUUUAAAAAAAAUAAAGUAUUUUUAAAAGUGAA